UCUACAGGUCAGUUCAUCUCGAUACUUCAAAACUGCUAAGAACUUCACAAAUCCGAUGUGUGGGUCUUCCAGUGAGUUGAUGAGGAACCAUGAGACAGUUUGAAAACUGUCUGGACUGUACAUUUUGGAUUAUACCUGUUAUAUUGGUGCUUGAAAGCAUUGGAUCCUGUAUCACAUGUGGUGGAGUCGAGUACAGAAUAGGGGAUGAAUGUUGUCGCAUGUGUUGGCCAGGAUAUCGUGUACAUAGUCAUUGUACUAAAUCUAAACAUACACCUUCCUGUGUGGCCUGUAUUGACUCCACCUUCCUUGAUGAGCCCAGUGGUAAAACAACAUGCAACAACUGUACCACAUGUGAUCCAGGUUUGGGUUUGAAGGUAAAGCAGCCAUGUAGACCUUCAUCAGACACUGUCUGUGGGACACUGGAGGGGUUCUACUGUCUAGACCCAACUAAGGAUGGUUGUAGAGCAGCCCAGAGACACAGCAGCUGUAAACCUGGUCAAUACAUCAGCCACACAGGAACAACAUCUACAGAUACUAUGUGUGCUGACUGCCCUGGUAAAACUUAUUCAGAUGGAUCAUUAACAUCUUGUCAACCACAUACAGAAUGUGAAUUCUUGGAAAUUGAACCAGGAACUCCUUGGUCAGAUUCAGAAUGUGGAGUUGCUUCACUUCCCACAGCUGGAAUCAUAGCUGGUGUUCUAUUUUUUCUGAUAGCCAUGGCCGUUUGUUUAUUUAUAAUGAGAAAAAGAGGAAUGGUGAGAAGAAAAAUAGUAAGAACAAGACAAAACUUGGACUCUCAAAUACCUACACAGGCAUCCCCAGAUCAGGAAAUACCAAUGCUGUCUGGGGGAACUUGAAACGAUUCAAGCCUCCUCCACAGUCAGGGAGUCCACAUUCUGUAACCUGUGGUCUACUGGCUGGCUGGUCCAGCCAUCUAUAGUAUAUCGAAACACUACAUGUUAAAUGUGAUAUUGUAGAAUCUGGUUGAUAUAAAAACAGGAUUCUACAGCACAUUCAAUUGUAGUGUAAAGAAAUGAAAACACUUUGAAACCCAACCUCCAGUAAGAACAAUAUGACUUCUAAAUACCUGUUGACAGAGGACCACUGUAUCUUUGUAUCACAUGGGGAUGUUUGAAACGUACUCCUCAGCCUGAACUGUCCCCACUUGGAUCACCGCAUAGAUAGCUUUUCAUAUGGGCGCCACUGGUAAGAUGCUUCGGAAGGGUGGUCACAUAUCAGCUUCUGCCUACAGACAACAGACUGGUCUAAAAUGAAAAGGACCAUGUGAUGAUUAUUAGGAACCAGCAUCGGUAGGUGAGAACCCUCUGCUCUGCCUACAGACAACAGACUGGUCUAAAAUGAAAAGGACCAUGUGAUGAUUAUUAGGAACCAGCAUCGGUAGGUGAGAACCCUCUGCUCUGCCUACAGACAACAGACUGGUAUAAAAUGAAAAGGACCAUGUGAUGAGUAUGAAGUAGCUUCACCUUGCUAGGUAACAGCUUCGGGAGGUGAGAACUCUCUGCUCUGCCCAGGGGAAAGUCAAAUGUUUUCAUAACUUCAGGACCACAACAUCUAUGUCAGCCCAGACUAUGGAACUCCAAAUGGGACUUGAAAAUAUCUUGACACACAGAUUACUGGAUACUGGUGCAGGAUGCAGUGUUCGCUUGGGGAAGGUGCCCCAGAAAUUAAAAACAUCUACAAACAUGGUUAAAUGGAUAACUUUACACUACAAGAAAAUCAAGAUCACGCUCAUAGAAGCAGACAAGGACAUCAACAAACCGAUACAACUUCACUAUAGACUGUAUGGAUCACAGAAGUGUGGAAAAGACAAUAUUUCAGGAACUAUCCUGAAUGGCUUCCACUCCUAUCUCACAUUAAAGGUCAGAAUAAGUAUUGUAGAAGAGUGCAGGUCCACUCAGUCACCUGUGGUGUCCCCCUCCCCCACCCUGUUCAUCCUCUGCCUACUUCCACUUGGCCAUGUAGUCAGAUGACUUUGGGUCCUCUUCCAUAUUUUUGCAGAUGACAUGCAUGUCUACAUCAGAAAAUGUUCCCAAAUCCCUCAAAGUACAGGCUUGGUUAAUUAAAGUUCAACAUUCAAAAACAUGUAACAAGCUGUCCUCCAGGGGGCAGUCUGGGGUUGUUUGGCUCCAGGAGAAGAGAAUACAGCCUGGAUGAUCUUCAAUCUCAGCCUCUUAUGCUGGAAGACAUGACUUAAACUCUUUAAAUCCUUCAUUAAGUAUGCCUUACUAUUAAUGCCUUACAUGAUUGCUAUAGAAAUGUUUGUGGUCAUAUGCACAUCCUUUAAAACUUACAGUACCAGU